GAAGAGGAGGUAGACAGCGCAGCGGAUCAGCUCUCGUCUGCUACCGAGCAGGAUGACAGCAGGAACACAGGUCAGUCAGACAAGGAGCUCCGAGCAUCGCUUUGUCAGUCCCCAUCGCAGACUCCAUGCACCCAGAGGACAUUUGCAGAAGCCGGCGCAUUCACUUGUCUACUUGUAGCGAAGCGGUUUCUUCUCCUGUCUAGUCGAAACCAUUACCCGCUAGCAGUUGUCAACAGUAAUCGGGUCAGUCUACUUGGGUACCUGCCGUUGUUGUUCCGACGGACUUCACUUGACACUGGCUUUGAAGUUUAUAUCUAAACACUCGGGAGAAAAUGAAUGUACUAUUCUGGGACCAUCUCCAAGCCGGGAGCUCGGAAGUUGACUGGUGCGAAGGCAAUUACAUGAUCUACCCUGGAAUAGCGGAGUUCUACAACACGAUUAGCAACAUCUUAUUUUUUAUCUUGCCCCCUAUUUUGAUGUGCCUGUUCCGUCAGUAUGCUGAGCAUUUCAACAGCGGGAUCUAUCUCAUUUGGAUGCUGUUGGUUGUGGUCGGGAUCGGCUCCACAUAUUUCCACGCCACGCUGAGCUUCCUGGGUCAGAUGCUGGACGAGCUGGCCAUCCUCUGGGUGCUCAUGUGCGCCAUCGGCAUGUGGUUCCCCAAGAGGUACCUGCCCAAGAUCUUCCGCCGAGACAGGUCAAGGUUUAAGGUGGUCAUUGCCAUUCUGUCAGGGAUCACAACCUGUUUGGCCUUCGUCAAGCCGGCUAUCAACUCCAUCUCUCUCAUGAGCCUGGGUAUCCCCUGUACAGCUCUUCUCAUCACAGAGCUCAAGAGGUGUGAGAACGUGCGUGUGUUUAAGCUGGGCCUGCUGUCGGGCCUGUGGUGGAUGCUGGCCCUCAUGUGCUGGAUCAGCGAUCGCAUCUUCUGUGAGAUGUGGUCCUCCGUCAACUUCCCCUAUCUGCACUGUGCCUGGCACAUCCUGAUCUGCCUGGCGUCCUAUCUGGGCUGCGUGUGCUUUGCCUACUUUGACGCGGCGUCCGAGGCUCCAGAGCAGGGCCCCGUGGUCAAGUUCUGGCCCAGCGAGCGGUGGGCCUUCAUCGGGGUGCCCUACGUCACCCUGCUCUGCGUCCACAAGAAGUCCUCCAUCAAGGUCACCUAGACUGGCCCAAGGUCACCCAUCGGGCCCCCCCCCCCCCAGCCUCCCGCCCGUUCACAGCCUCUGAUCAUCAUGGGGUCACUCGGGGUCAUGGGGGUGUCAAAGAGCACUUUUUAAAAAAUAUAUAUAUAUGAAAGACAUGGUUGUGUGUGGGUCAGCACGGUGCGGUGGCGGCCGGUGUGUGUUGCCUGCGCAGCCGUGUUUUGGUACCGAUGCUGCUGCCGUGUAGCUUUGUCGGCACGACUUCCUGUUUGACUACCUUUCAGUGGGACCAAACCGAUUUUAACGGCUGAUUCUGGAACAGUUCAGUUCAGUUCAGGUCAGAUCAGGCACUUUUUUUUUUUCUUUCAAACAGGCAACACAAGAGACACCGCUGAGCCAAGCAGCCUGGGCCUCACUCGCACUCGUGUGAGGUGCACAAUUAUGAUGUCACUACAGAAUAAUACUCUCAUGGUGCAGAACCUGGAGCAAGGAGCAGGGUUCUAUCCUCUGCUCGCUGUAUUACAGGGAAAACACGUAUACUGGCGAUACAGGUAGCAGUAUUUAACGCUCAUGGCCGUUUCAACAGUGGGAAAUUUUGCCGUCAAAUUGUGUCUUUAACGGACAGUGAGUGUGAUAUGGUCCCAAGAGCGUCACAUUCAUCAGGUUUAGGAUAGUAAUUUCAACCAACAUU